UCCUUGUCCAGUCAGUCUGUGGUGGUGGAGGGUCCAUUAUUGGAAGGUUAUUUGAAUCUUAUUGUGGAGCUGCUGACGUUUUCCUCAAUUGAGGAGAGACACAGUUUAGGGAGUAAACCAGGAGGAAUGAACCUCAUACCUAACCUCAUCAAUCAUUUCUUGUUUCCAGCCUCAAGACUAGUGAAGAAACUAAAUACUACACCUGAUCUACAGUACAAUGAUGAGUUAGCUAGUGGUAUAUGCUCCAGUCCUGACAGUAUUCAAGCUUGUUAUAAACUAUUGAAUGCACUUUGUGUUGGAGUGAAGGAGAACAUUGAAAUACUCAGUGAACUAAUCUCUGAUAUAUUCUACAAUGAUGAGCCUCCAUUGGUGGAGUGGGAGUAUUAUCCUCACGUUGGUCCUCGGCCCACUAGAGGGUAUGUGGGACUCAAGAAUGCUGGAGCCACCUGCUAUAUGAACGCUGUACUACAACAAGUAAUACCUAAUAUAUACAUUUAUUUAUUUGUUUGGUAUAAGAUGGCAGAUGGCAUAAAUUCACGAAAAGUAAAUCUGCUGGAGGGUCAGCAGGUUAACCUCAGAGAGCAGCAUGAUGCCUUUGAGUUCUUCAAUACACUAGUGGACAGUGUGGACGAGGGACUCAAGGCUUAUAAUGCCACACCAAUCAUCAGCAAAGUACUGGGAGGAUCCUUCGCUGAUCAGAAGAUAUGUAAAGGAUGUCCUCACAGGUAG